GAUAUGUUAGAUAUUUACCGUUUGGAGCCACCUUCCUCUAAUGCCCCGUCUUCCUCCUCCCGGUGUCGACUCGACUAGGCACGCUUCGCAAAUCACGCACGCUAGACCGCGCCACUGAUAACAAGCGCUUAUAAGUCGACAGAGAUCGGAGGAAAUGGCUCUGCUUCACCUCCCAAGACUUCGUUCUUCCAUUUUAUCUUCGCAUUCUCUCUCUUCCCACUCCAAUCCUUUCACUGGCCACAAGCUUCCCUGCAAAAAUUACUUCUUUAUCAAUACUCGCGCCGUCUUUUCUGCACCCAAAUCCACCCUCACCACCUCCGAACCCAUACCUAUUAGUCACUUCCCCGAUACUCCGGUCGAGAACCACGUAGAAUUUUCACUAGAGAAGCUUUUUGUGCCCCCAGACACCGAUGUCUCGUUCGAUAGUGCUAACUUGAGCACUAGAAUUUUGAAGGGGUCUAACAUAGUGCUUAGUAAGUACGCGAGGGAUGCACAGGUAGUGCAAGCCGAAUUUGUCAAAAGUAGUGUAAGAACUGAGGAUUGCCCUUCUGAUGGGCUUCCUGAAUUUGCUCUUGUUGGACGAUCCAACGUGGGAAAAUCUUCAUUGCUCAAUUCGCUCGUGCGGCGCAAGAAGUUGGCUCUAACAUCAAAGAAACCCGGUAAGACACAGUGCAUCAACCAUUUUCGGAUCAAUGAUACCUGGUAUCUGGUUGAUUUGCCUGGAUAUGGGUAUGCUGCUGCUCCUCAGGAGCUUAGAACAGAUUGGGCAAAAUUCACUAAGGAUUAUUUCCUUAACCGAUCAACUUUAGUUUCAGUAUUCCUUCUAAUUGAUGCUAGCAUUCCUGCAAAACAAAUUGAUCUCGAGUACGCCAGCUGGUUGGGUCAGAAUCAGAUUCCGAUGACAUUAAUCUUCACCAAAUGUGACAAGCGAAAGAAGAAAAAGAAUGGAGGCAAAAGACCAGAAGAAAAUGUGAACGAUUUUCAGGAGCUGAUUCGAGGUUUCUUCCAGACUGUGCCGCCAUGGAUAAUGACUAGCAGUGUCACUAAUCAGGGUCGUGAUGAGAUACUACUCCAUAUGGCCCAACUACGAAAUUACUGGCUCAAACACUAGGUGCAUCAAUCUUUGCCAUAUCUUCUUCCUGCCAACUGGUCACAGACUCAACAUGCCGUGGAUUUACGUUUUGAUGUCAGCAAAAGCUUGUGUUUCUAACAAGAGAGAUGGAUUCAAAUUGAAAUAGCAUGUUAUGUUGUACCAAGAAAUUGAUGAAAUGCAUUUAAAGAAGCCACAAAAAGUAGCAAUCAUUUUUUGAUUUUGCAGAUAGGCAUGUUUCUGAACUAAAGAAAUCCUAUGGACUAUGGAGGGAGGUUUGAGGUUACAGGCAAAUUCAUGCAUAGGCAAAUAAUUGCUGUAUUGACCAUGCACCUUCAGGUCCUGUUCAAGUGACAGGGAGGUUAGCCGGAGAAUACUAAGCAGCAAAGCUUUGUCCCUUCCUCUGAAGAUCUUUGCAACGACAGAAUCUAUUUCCAGCUA